AUGGCCACGCCAGGGAGAACAGGCACGCACCCCGCACAAGUAUUAGCGGUGGCUCAACUACCUCCCGAGGGGUCCCAACCAGGGCCAAAGAGGGCCAGAAUGAAGUUUCGUCCCGUUUUGAGUUUUUCGAAGGAAGACAAGAUUGGGACCAUCCAGCCCCACGAUGAUGCGCUGCUAGUUACCCUCAGAAUCGGGAACUACGAUGUGAAAAGAGUGAUGGUGGAUGGCGGCAACGCGGCCGAGGUUAUGUACCCCGACCUCUACAAAGGACUAGGGCUAAAACCAGAAGAUUUGAUGCCCUACAACUUCCCUCUGAUGAGCUUCGAUGGGAAGCUUGUCAUCCCAAUGGGCAUGAUUAGGGUACCCAUUCAGACUAGCCCAGAGAUAGUGAAGGUGAACUUCGUCGUGGUGGACACCUACUCCCCUUAUACGGCCAUCGUCGAUAGGCCCUGGCUCCACACCUUAGGAGCUGUUGCUUCCUCGUUGCACCAGAAGGUGAAAUUCUCGUCAGGGGACCAAGUUUUUGAAAUCCGUGGUUGCCAACCCACGGCAAGGAUGCCUGGGAUGCCCCCGGAAUCGACCCAUCCUUCAUCUACCAUCACCUCAAACCCGGCCAUCACUCCCAAGAAGCAACCACCCCGUUGCCUGUCAAAAGAGCAUGCCGAUGCGAUUAGGGACGAAGUGGCGAAGCUUAAGUGUGCUGGGGCUGUCAAAGAAGUCUUUUACCUCGAAUGGCUAGCCAACACUGUGGUGGUCAAGAAGAAAAGUGGCAAAUGGCGAGAGAAAACGGUUUUCGUGACACCAACUGGGAAUUACCACUAUAAGGUGAUGUUGUUUAGUCUGAAGAAUGCGGGAUCCACUUAUCAAAGGAUGAUGACAAGAAUGUUCGAACCACAUUUGGGCAAGAGCAUCGAAAUCUAUGUCGAUGACAUGGUGGUGAAGAGUAGAGUGGUGUCCGAGCAUUUAGGGGACCUUGGCAACACCUUUGGCGUCUUGAGGAAGCAUAAGCUGCGCCUGAAUGCCUCCAAGUGCUCAUUUGGCGUGGGGUCAGGCAAGUUUUUAGGCUACAUGGUUACUCAUAGGGGAAUCGAGAUUAACCCCGACCAGAUCAAGGCUAUAAAUAACCUAAAACCGCCACAAAACGCAAAAGAGGUCCAAAAGCUUACUGGGAUGAUCACAGCCCUCAAUCGAUUCAUUUCCAGGUCGGCAGAUAGAUGUAGACCGUUCUAUCUCUUGAUCAACAAGUGGAAAGGGUUUGAAUGGUCCGAGGACUGUGUUGUGGCCUUCUAG